ACAAUGUUGCGAAGCGAUGAGACAUGUAAAUAUUCUGAAGCACAAACGACGUGUACACAGGCCUUCCACCGUUAAUGCAAUAUUUAGGUUAUAUUCGGCUUCAUGCUAACAUCAUUUUCUUUUUGUUUUCUACCAUGUCCAUUGGUUAAGAGAAAAAAAAGAGCAAAUGGGUUGUUGCUGCUUUAUUUGGAUCUGUUCUGCUUCUACGACAUGAUGGUACAGCCUUGUGGGCUGUCAUUGGAUCCGUUUCCAACUCCGCGCUCUCUGCAGCUCUCAAACGCAUACUUAACCAAGAGAGACCUGUCGCCACGUUGCGUUCUGAUCCUGGGAUGCCAUCUUCUCAUGCUCAAUCCAUUUCUUUCAUCUCUGUCUUUACCAUCCUCUCUGUUAUGGAGUGGCUUGGAACCAACGAACUCUCUCUGUUCCUCACCGGACUCAUCCUCGCAUUGGCUUCUUACUUUACAUGGUUAAGGGUGUCUCAGAAGCUUCACACGACCAGUCAAGUGGUGGUUGGUGCCAUCUUUGGUUCUGUUUACUCCACCUUAUGGUACAUAACUUGGAAUUCACUUGUUCAAAUACCUUUUACCUCAUCAUUCUCUGUACAAGCAGCCGUCUUUGCCGUUGCUGCUGCAUCUGCUCUAGGUUUUUCAGUUUAUGUGCUACUUAACUGGUUCAGAGAUGACAGAUGA